AUGAGUGGACUCACUUUUGCAAGGAAGAUCCUGCGAGCCAAUUAUUUCUCGAUGACUCUGGAGAAUGAUUAUUGCAAGUUUGUGCGGAUAUGUCAUAAAUGUCAAGUGAACAGUGAUUUGAUGCAACUGCCACCUCAAGAACUCAAUGAUAUGAGUCCGCCUUGGCCAUUUGUAGUUUGUGGUAUGGACGUAAUCGGUCCGAUAGAGACAACCGCUUCUAAUAGACAUAAAAAAUUUUUGGUUUCCAUUGACUAUUUCACCAAGUGGGUGGAAGCAGCUUCGUACAAGUCGGUGACGGAAAAAGUUGUAGCUAAUUUUGUUAACAACAAUUUGAUAUGCAGAUUUGGAGUGCCAGAAUCCAUUAUUAUUGAUAAUGGUGCGAAUCUCAACAUUCAGUUGAUGAGAGAUAUAUAUGUUGCCAUAUGCUCUGUUGGAUUAUCGAACGACUACCAGAUUGUCGAUUGGAGCCACUCCAUAUUUGCUAGUAUAUGGAACAGAGCAGUCAUACCUGUUGAAGUUGAGAUACCAUCCCUAAGGAUCAUUCAAGAAGCAGGAUUGAGUAAUGCUGAGUGGGUCAGCAAGCGCGUCGAUCACUUAACGUUGAUUGAUGAAAAGAGAAUGAUUGUCAUUUGUCAUGGUCAACAUUAUCGACAAAGAAUGAUUCGUGCUUUCCACAAGAGAGUCAAAGCCAUAAUUUUUGAAAUCGGUCAUCUAGUACUUAAGCACAUUAUCCCUCAUCAGGAUGAGUACACAGGAAAACUCGCACCAAAUUGGCAAGGACCUUACAUGGUUCACAAAGUAUUAUUUGGAGAUUCUUUGAUCUUGUCGGAGAUGGAUGGCACCGCAUAG